GAAGCCCCCACUGAAGCCCCCACCGAAGCCCCCACUGAAGACCCAACGACUACAGCGGCACCAGAGGAAGGUCGUCGCCUUCAGUCGUCCAACGAUUUAGCCAGCACGAUGCAGCACAUCGACGAGUGUGCCGUUGGGGUGUGCAAGGCGUCGGCGGACGCCGCGUUUGCCGACGACGUUUGCGGCAAUCAGACGUUUUCGUACAUCCACCAGUGCCCGGACACGUCGUGCUUGGAUACGAUCGUGGCCAACGUCAACAAGUGUGUGACGUGGGGCGACUUUGUCGCUUGUGCCAGCGACAAUUGCUUUGGCUCGCCGGAUCAAGGCAACAAUACUAGUCCUUCGGGGGGUAGUUACUAUGGCAACGCAACUGAUGGCUACUACGGCAACCAAACUGGUGGCUACAACGGGUGGCCCAACACGACCGGCUACGUCGGUAAUAAUGGUACGAGCUACCCGCCCAACAACGCCGGAAGUACCAACUACCCAGGAAGCACCGGGUACGCUGGAAGUGGCUCGUACUCUGGUGGAGAAAACAGCGGUUCCUCUAACGGCAACAACGAUGGGGGCGACUUUACGACCAUUUUGGCACAGCUUCAAAACUGCACCACGGGCAUUUGCAUGGACGAAGCCGUGAAUGCGACGGGCGACAUGGGUUGUGGCGCCGCGGAAAUUUCGAAUUUGUUGGCGUGUACCGAUGGUCUGUGCCUUGAUAAUAUUGUCAAGGCGUCGACUUGCGAGUCGUUCCGCGAUUAUGUCGAGUGUGUGAGUACCAAAUGCUUUCGCGAUGAUAAGGGGGGUGGUGGCAACAGCGGGAGCUCCACGGGCACCCCCGACGCCAACUCGUGCCCAGCCCACUUGGUGUCGUACUGCACGGCCAAUCCGGAUGACGCAUCGUGCGCGCUGCCGUGCCCGUUUAACUGUUAUUUGCAGCCCAACUGCCCGUGCCAGGAGGAUGCGUGCACGGCGACGGCCAGCGCGCCCUUCUGCGUGCGUGAAGACGGCGUGUGUUCUCAGUUCAAAUCUGCGCUGGCCAAAGCCAAAUUCAGCCAUGGGGCGUUCAACCCAUCACAGGAGUGGCAGCGGCAGCAAGUGGCGCAGUACCUCGUGCCCCCCACCCCAUACGACCCCACGAACGACACGUCUCUAAGCCAACUGUGGCAACAAUGCAACCAAGCGUGGCCCCAACUGGCCGACAAUAUUGCUUCGUGUCUCAACACGUCUAUCACGUACUGCAACAAAGUGGGAUGGGACCAGGCUUGCAGUCCGGGCGAAGGGGCAACGGGCGUGUCCGAGUGCGGCGACGGAUUUGUCACAUUCGGCGAAACGUGUGACGAUGGCAACAACGUGGGCAGCGAUGGGUGCAGCAGCAUGUGUCAGACCGAAGACACGAGCCAGUAUUCGUGCUUGGAACAGGGCAAGCCGUGUUUUGCAUGCACGCGCCCUUAUGUUCAAUACGGAUCCAACGGCCAGCCGCUGCCCGGACAGUUCUGCACCAACGACCGCCUCGUAAUCGACAACGAGACGGUGCCCCAGAGCUCGCCUAUCUACUACCCGAGCUGCGCGUCGAUCACGAGCAUCGACGACGCGAUUGACUGCGACGUGUACGCCAACACAUUUUGUGCCAACUUGACGCUGCAAGGCACGAGCGACCCUGCGUGCCAACCCUAUGUGAACCUCACGCGCAAGUACACGGUACCGACGGUGGCGCAGUCGUGCGAGUAUCAAGUCAAGGAGAUUGACAUUGGCACCCAAGGAAUGACCUCGGCCAAGAUUGCGGUCUUGACGUGCAAGUUCCAAGACCCAUUCGGACUCUUGUCUGCGGAAGACGCGACGCCCAUCUAUAAAUUCAGAAACCCGUUCACGUCCUUGUCGAAAUCGUGGAAAGACAAGAUCACGGCGAAUGCGACCGUGUCAGCCAUCAUGAACACCAUCUACGGCACUCGAAACGACAUGUUUUACUCGCUCAAAGACCUCCGGCUCACCGACUUUUUCCAGUACGCGUUUCCCGAGUUCAACAUGAAAGACGGUCAAAUACCCUUCAACCAGCCGUCGUUGGCUCGACUCACGUACUACCUCCCGAACGCGACCAUUGACCCCCAAGGCCAAAUCGACGAGUUUGGCAACAACCCCAACUGCUGGGCCUCGGAUGGGUACGGCAGUAUGGACGUGAUCCCGUUGCCGCCGACGACCGAGCCGACCAAAUGGGCGAUGAAAGCCAUCCUCAUGCGGUUCCGGUACGAAGCGCUCAACUGGAACGACUGGAGCAAGAAGGAAUUUGCCAACUUCAACGCGUGGGACAUCGACGGCGGCAGCGUCUACCAGGACGCGACGCUCAACUUUGGCGUGCUCCUCAGCACGAGCAGCAAGGACGGCAACGGCAAAAUCCAAGAAAACGUCCAGCGCACGUGCUCGGACUGGAAUGUGCCGUGGCAAGACCAGGCGACGAGUCCGCUGUGUACGACCAUCGAGCAAGCGCUGGUGGACGGCCGGGCGUUCCUGAAAUUUGACCAGCAACUGUUCCAGAAAGGAUGCGCGAGCGAACAGUGCGAGUACAAGGUGGACCACUGCCGCCGCGUGCCCCUGACCAAGCGCACGCUCGUGGUGGACAAGACGCGCUUCGUGGAGUCGGCCGCGACCGUCGUGGCGCUGGCGAGCUCGAUUGACCAGGCAAAGACGUGGGAGGACCUGGUGGGGAACACGGUCAAAGUGGCGGUGGAAGCCGCGAGUGAGUCGUUCACGGACCCCGUGAGCUUGUUUUGGUCGCUUGUGGUCAAGGGCAAGCAGACCAAGUUUCUCAAGAACGUGCCCAACUACUGCAAAUUCGACUAUUACAACGACACGUCGUACUCGACCGUCAACCCUAAGUGGAAGGCGGACCCGUGCUGCAACUGGGAGAUGCGACAGUACUUGUGCUGCACGCCGCAGGACAUUCCCAACGGCGAGAUCGACGUCGUCCUCUCCACAGCGGACACGGAAAUCAGUACCCACUGCCCGGGCGUCGGCGCCCAGAUCCGCGACGUCGUGCAGUCUACAAUGAAGGCGCUGCAGCGCGCCGACAGCUGCUCGGCCGACUUGGACAGCAGCACCGGCUACGACUCGUGGAAAACCAUGUCCGCCGUGUCUGACACAUGUCGCACCACGAUCCAAAAGGCUGGCUCCGUCGACUGUAAAAAAGACAGCGACUGCUCUGUGUGUAGCCAAAGCACGUGCCAGCGCGACAAGGGGGCAAAAGAAGGGGCGGGCAAGUGCACUGUGCCGUGGGACGACAUGGAAGGAUGCACGUUAGAAUGCUACCAAAAGACCAUGGACAGCGAGCUGCUUCGGUAUUUGUACGACCAGUGGGACUUGAGUGUGACCGCGACCGUGGACGAGAAGAAGGCCAAGUUUACGGAAAUGAUGAGCGAGCCAACGUGCUCGGGGCCCCAAGCGUGGAUGCCGGACAUUGGGUACAACGGGUGGACGUGGCAGAUGAACACGACGUGUCAGAAGGAGCACAUUUGCGACGACUACGACUACCAAAACUACCUCCAGAACGUGGCCAACCAGCAGCAAAGCGGCGGGUACUACAGCUACUCGUGGCUCGACUUUCGAAACAACGACACAUGUGCGCUGUACAACGGCACGACUACAUGCACGUCCUUUCGUCCGGACGGCGAAUGCUACGACUGGGGGUACCAGUGCACGUUUGACCAAGUGCGCGGGCCGUGCAAAGACGUCAACCAGUGCUACCAAACGUGCCAGGCGCCGUACUCCCAAACUGGCUGCGCGUCGCUGAACGGAUCGUGGUUUACAUCCAACGGGUACGGGCAAUGCUGCCCCCCCGACGCGUACUUCAACGUGUCUGGCACCAACUCGAUCUGCUCGUACGCGCCGCCCAACAGCCCGAACUCGUGGAGCGUCAACGACGAAACAUGCUGUCGGGCGGCCAAGGGGAUUUGGUGGACGCAAGUCGACUACUAUGGCAACUCGAACGGCCAGUGCUGCUUUGGCAAGAUGCGACCGUAUGCCGACUACCUCACGGGGGCGAUCAACUACCAAUGCCAGCAGGACUUUUGGGGGUGGGACAACUCGGACUGCUACGACACGUGCAACUCGUUGCAGCAGAGCUGUACACAGUGCAAACUGGAUUCGUCCACCUGUCAAGGCACGGUGCACAAGCUCGCCAACAAAACCGCGUGUCUGUCCUACAGCACAUGCAACCAAGGCCAAUACCAACCGGACGAGUGCCGCAACCAUGUCGGGGACGAGCCCUUCUGUGCGCAAUGCUGGGGCUCGUGGUGCUACAAGCAGGGCAACCCCGCCACAUGUACCUUGUACCAAUGGGGCACUGACAGCUGCGCCAAUGCUGGCGGGGUGUGGGACUGGCGCGACUAUCGAUGCCACAUCAACGGCACCCAAGACACGUUGGCCGACCCAUGGUCGUGCUUCUCACCCGGACCCGCCGUGUGCCCCGACCCGCACAACAACUCGCGGGCGUAUGGCCCCGGCGAGCUCGUGCCGGCGUAUUCAUUCCGCGACAACCAGUGCGAAUCGGGCUGCUACGUGCCGGCGUCGACGGCGGACAAUUGCACGAGCGACAAAUACUGGUCGAUUCGAUGGAAGCCGCAGUAUGGCAAUGGUUCGGGCGCGUGUGCGAUUGAAACGUGGCAGAUCUCAGCCGACGACUGCGCCAACGAGUUCAACGGCGUGUACGUUGGGUCGACGAUCGUGUACAACGGCGGGCAGUUCAGUACCAAGGACCAGUGUGACCAAGGAAUUUGCCAGGGCGGGUUGAGCUGGGACGGGUGGUCACGAAAGCAGUGCGAGGACACGCCCAAGUUUCAGUGCAGCCAACAGUGCGAGCAGUGCUUGACGUGGAACUGGCCGUUCUACGCGCAAGACAGCGGCGGGUGCUUUAGCACGAAUGCCACGUACUGCCAGGGCCUUGGGCUCAGCGAUGUGCCCUGCUCGGUGUCGCAAUAUAGCUCGAAAUCGGCGUGCGAUGCCGACGCCGAUACGUUCUGGGUCAGCUGCAGCGACUUCAACGCCACCACGUGCGUCAACGCAAGCAAUCCGUACAUCUCCAAGAUGUCUUGUCAGUGGGGCUGGGGCCAGUGCAAGACCCAGGAGGCUUGCGAAGCUCAAGGCGAGUGCAACGACUGGGACAGCAUGCGGCAGCAGUGCGGCGACGACGGCUGGGACCACGGUGACACGUGCUACGCGUCGUGGGCCGACGACGUGUUCGACUCCAAUACCAACUCGUCUGUGACGCAGUGGCAUAGCGCGUACUGCAGCAACUGCCAGUCUGUCGAUGGCGUGUGUGUGAUCGAGCGGCCCAUCGAAGGGUGCCAAGCCAACAUGUGGCACAGCUUGGGCUGUCGCGUCGACGGCGUUCACAACGAGACGGCGUGCUAUGCCUUCAACGAAGAUGCUGGCUGGCUCACCAAAGCCAAAACCAAGGACGCGUGCCUUGCGCUCCUGCGAUGCGACGAGCCAGGGUACUAUGGCGGCAACAACAAGAACCUGGAAGAGUGCACCAAGUGCGGUGGCACGGGCAAGCCGUACUACACGUGGUGGGGAGGCGUGUGGUCGCGGCCAUACGUGCAAGAUCUCAAGUGGAUGGCCAACGGCACCCAGUUGAUUCCCGUCAACCAGUGGAAGCCAGCCAUCGCAGACUACAAGGUGCAAGACCAGCUGGCACUGCCCAUGGUCCGCAAGCUCGCCAACGCCAAGAAGACCCAAGCGUUGCUCAGUUACAAUGCGUUUUCGUCGUCGUUGGCGGUGAUUGCAUGUGCGUGCGGGUCGUCGAAAGCGAACGCGUCGUCAUGCUUUGACCAAAUCAGUGGCUCCAUUGAAGGGAUCACGGAUGCGUUCUGCGACUCGUCGGCGCCCGUGUCGGCCGGCUGCAGCAAAGCCGUGGUGCAGAAGAACUGCAGCUCGCCGAGCGGACGGCGUCGCUUGGCCGACGGGGCGCCCGCCGCCGGGGACGACAAACUCGCCAUCACGACCACGUACUACUCGGCCGGACCGUUUGCGAGCGCGCUCGAGCCGUUUUGCAACGCCACGGACCGCAUGCAGCGCAACCCCCUCGCGGUGCGCAACUCCCACGGGGUGAUUGUGGGCCAGCUCAUGGGGGACGGCAAAGGUCUGUCUGCCACAACCACGUUUUCGUCCAUCAGCAUCUGCUUGGAAAUGUCGCUCGACAUUCGGGUCGUGGACAAGCGGUUCCCCACGUAUGAUGUGGCAACGCUCGUGAACGGCACGUUCUCACCGCUUUUCCUGACGUCGUUCGUGUCACUCAACGCCCAAACUAUGUGCUUCUUGGCCAAACAAAGCGCCAUUUACUUCCCCAUCACCCGCCUCGCGGUGGCCAACCUGAACGCGAUCACGUGCAGCCAAUCGUGCGUGGCCUCCAACGGCAUCUGCGUCUACAGCGGCGCCACCAACGCUACGUCCUGCGUGUGCAAUUGCGGGUAUUCGGGUGUGAAUUGCGAGAUCGGGUGUGUGAACCAAUGCUCGUCGCAAGGCACGUGUACAAACAACACGUGCGUGUGCUUCAAAGGGUUCACGGGAACCGACUGCAGCGAAUACGACUGCCCCGUCGCCAAUGGCAAAAAGUGCAGCGGCAACGGCAUUUGCAAUGCGAACGCGACGUGCAUGUGCAACAACAACUUCAAAGGGGACGACUGCUCGCAAGCCAAAGUUACGCAGGCCAAGACCAUCGUGUUGCCCAAGGGGUUGGCGCCCGCGUCGACGGCUCCCAAGACGUCCGCGACAUCAACUAAGCCGUCGACGAGCGCCGCCGUCCCUGGCAAGGACGUGACUGCCACGACGACGACCAAGCCGGCCACGUUCCCCCCCGCCCCCAUGCUCACCCCCGCGCCGCCCCUUCCAACCAUUUCGUCGACUUGCGUGGCGUCAAAAUGCAAAACCGACUUUGACACGUGCAUGGAGACCUUUGACAGCUGCGCGUGCUUUCCGGGGCAGCUGCUUUGUGUCCAAACGAGUUGCAGCUCCGAGUACACUGGAAUUCUCGCCACGUGCAAGGGGCUGGUGGCCCAAGCCACGUCGUGCGUGUUGGACUGCAGCCCCAAUGCGUACCCUGUCAAGGGCGACACGACCAACGCGGUGGUGAUGGCCGUCGUGGCCAACAUCGCCAUCCAAGGCGUGACGGCCGCGCAGUUCACCGCGGCAGUCCAGGACAAGUUCAAGCAAGCGAUUGCCAGCGCCGUAGCGGGCGUCACCGCCGACAAGGUGACCAUCAUUAAGGUGACCGACGUCGCGGACGCCCGCCGUCGGCGCCUCCUGGAUGCGGCCAAGACGCUGUCCAUGACCGCGGACGGCAAAGUCAAGGCCAUGCACGAAGCACGACGCCAACUCGCGGGGUCGCACCUCGAAAUUGAGUUUUCCAUUUCCGUGUCGUCCCCGGACGCCCUCAAGGCCACCACAUCGUCGCUGCAAGCGCAAAGUGGCAGCGGCGGCGGCGGCGCGGCCUCGUCCCUGGCCACAGCCCUCGUUGCGACUGGAGUCGUCACGGACGUCGCGUCCGUUCAAGUCAAGUCGGUCAAGACCAGUGUCACCGUGGCGACGCCCACCACGACCACGGCGACACCCACGCCAACCCCAACGACCACGCCCAAACCAGCCGACAACACGACAGUGAUCGCGGCGGCAGCGGGUGGUGGCGCGGCCGCGGUGAUUCUACUCGUGUGUCUCGUCCGCUACUGCUACAAGAAGCGGGCCGAAAAGUCGGCGUGAGCGUCCUUGCCAACUACAUAUCGUACUUGUAUGACAUCAUCGAACGAUGAGUCAUGGUAUAUUUGGGUGAUUAACAAUACAUGCAUGUAUCUCUGAA